ACGUGCGAGAAGUCCUCGGAUCGGGGUCAGUUGAAAUGAGGAAGCGAAAGAAAGAAGAUCGGUCAAUCUCGAAGCGGCGUCUUCGGCAUGCGGCGCAGGGCGCCGAAUUCUGCAGCUGCAACGGAUGCCUCCACCUGAUGCAACCGAAGAGUACGUUUCGAGGAUGGUCCUCGUGGCGGGCAGUGCAGGUGCAUUCAGCGUCUUCGCCGUCUGCAUGAUGCCCUGGUUGUGCCGCAACAAGGAGAGAGCCGAUAACCGGAAGCGUGGAAAAUUUCCCUCAUUCAUCGAAAGCAGUCGUAAGGAGAGGUCCCUAAAAUCGAGCCAAAAUUCAUCGUCGACAUCGUGCGUCCCGCCGGCGAAAAUCACCCUGAGGAUAUCCGAGGUCAGCAGGUCAAGGUGCACAAAAAUCACCUCCUGUGGUAGAAGGAUAAAACCUUCGAGGUGCAGAGCACCGCCGGACUCGGCCUUCGAUUUGCCCGGUGGGACAUCCUUGGAUUCGAGGCCUACUAAUUUCAAGGACCAGAAAGGUGGGCCGAGGACUCCUCGAUCUACGAGGGAGAGGUCCUCGAGGUCUCCUAGGACCUCGCCCGAAGGUCCGGAUAGGAUCGCGGGUAAGGACGUCUUCGGGAGAGGGAGUAGUGCCGCCAAAUCCGGGGAUCGAGGACAAUCGAACGCUGCAGGAAAUCACUUCAGCGGUUUGCAGGAUAUCCAGGAGUGUCCUUUUCGAAGAGCUGACAGGAUGUCGUCAAGAAACUCCCCCAGGGGCCCCCGGAAGCAGUCCCUCGAGGAACGUGGAAAGGAUGUCCUGGAUGCUGAAAAUGGAGAACGGGCGGAUCCUGCUGGACGAUCACCUAGGAAUGCGCAGGAUAUCCGGGAAUGUCCUCCCGAGAGACCUCCCAGGAGACUGCGAAGAGGUCCAGGCGAGGUCAACGGUGCACCAUUAUCUGGGAAUAAUGCGAACGAUGUCCUUGAAUCUAAUGGUCCUGGAACGGGCACUAAUGGAGGGGCAUCGAAUCUUCCAGGACGAUCACCGAAGGAUUCACGGAAUCCUACGGAAUUAUCGAGAGAGUUCAGGAUACCUUCGGGGUGUUCGAAAGUUGUUGCAGAUAAUCAUCCGGUUGAACACAGGCCGAAUCAACAUUCCGAGGCGGAUGAUCCUUCUCCAGGACGAAGUAGUGGCCAGCCGAAUCCUGCAGGACAUUUAGGGGGGAAUCGACCAGAUAUUCACGAAGAGAGAUUCUUAGAAAACGGGGGAAGAGCCGAGGAUGUCCUUCAAUUUGUUAAUUCCCUAGAUCGUUCUGAUUUUGGAAAUGCAGGAUCUCGAGCUGAUAACGUGUCAGAGGAAAUUGCAAGUGAUCCGGACUCUGAAGAUCUAUCGUCGAAGGAUCAUCGAAAGUCUGCAACUUCGAGAACUUCCAGAAGGUCGGUAUCGAAUGCAGGUGAAACGGUAGGGAUUGAAUCUGUUAACGGAAAUGUUAAAAGGGAUUUAAACUCGCAAAUCUCGGUUUCUGAGUCGGAAACCCUUACUUCUCUGAGAAUAAAUAUAAUCCCUCCGGUUUCGUCGCGAGAAUCGAUUUCCGAAUUGGAGACCAUUGUUCCGAAAAUGGAUAUCGAAGUCACUCCGGCUGUGAAAGUGAAAGAAUCACGACGAUCCGUGAGAUCUGCCGAAACUCAAAGAUCUGAAAUUACCAGAGAGUAUUCGAUGAUCUUCGAAAAUCACUCGGUAUCCUUCAAUUCGUUGAACGAAUUAGAAUUCGGCUCGGUAAGCCACGGUUCGCUGAAUGUCGAGAGGAAAAAUUCGUCAUUUUCAACGUCUACGAUGAAUUCUUUAAAAAUGUCGGAAUAUUCUACCUCCUCGAGUUCGUCGAACAAGUCGAAGGUUUCAUUAUCAGAGAAAAUUUCGAAUAUCGCUGAGAUAAGCGGAUUACGAUCGGCUAACCGAGUAGGAACUCCUUCCGAGUCUAAAUUUUCCGAAAAUCCGUCAAUUCCUUUAAAAGGUACUUGCGUUAAGCCGAAACGCAGCUUCACUUCGGCGAUGUUGAAGAUCGUUGACAAGUCGAAAAUCCGUUCGCUUUUUCGGAAGAAUCCCCACUGCAGGCGAAAUAAUUUCUCGAGGACGAAAAUCUAUCCUGCCGAGUCGAUAUGUUCCCCGAGAAUCGUAACUUCGAUAUCUUCGAAAUUGGAAACGUCCGAUCGAGAUUCGAAGAAGUCCCGAUUGGUGGGUAACACAUCGAUCAUUGAUAAGGAAAGUGUUCCUUCGAAAUUGUCUAAAGCGGCGAACUCCGGUUUUGGAUCGUUGACGAGAAAUCUUAAAGAGAAAAUUCUUCUCUGUCGAGAGAGAAAAAUUGAUAAGGGGGCAAAUUCGAAGACACCUUCGCCCUGUUGCGAGGCUUUAGAGUUUCUGGACAAUUCUUUUGACAAUUUUGACAGCAAGCUGGUCUUGUCAUCGACCACCCUCGAAGAAAAUUCCGCGUCCCUCGGAAAACGGUCGAACUGUAGAUUUUGUAAUUUCGUAGGGUCGAACAGUGCCCCCUCUUUGGGCCGCUCAAAAUUCAUGAAAAAUAUCGUGAAUUGUCUGGAUUCUGCGAAAAACUUCAAGUCACGCGAUUUGCUCUCCGAUGAGGAAUUGGUAGUGUGCGGUUCAUCGAAAUUGAUUGCUACCGAUCCAUCGGAUAGGUCGAAAGCGCGGGGAAAAUCGGCAGAAUUUUCGAAGGGUUCGGUACAACGAUCCGUCGAAAAUUUUCUGAAUUCCAUUGGAAAGGGAAAUUCCUUCUCUGGAAAAGUCGACGUUUCGGACCGUAUCUGGAAAUUGGAGAAUUCCAUGAAUUUUUCACCGGAAAAAAUGAGAGGCAAGGAAACUUCGGAGGCUAUCGAUUUGUCAGACCUGUCGAUAUUGUCGCCAGGAAUUUCGAAAAAGCAGCCCAGAGUGAAGUUGAAGUCGUCGGCAGAUUCGACCUCGACGAGUUUUCAUUUUCCUCAGGACUCCUUGACGGAUUUAUCCGCAAAUCCUAUCAGAGAUUCUGGCUCGAAUAUAUCCGCAGUUUCGGAAAACGAGGAGAUUUAUCGAGGACCGAAUAAUGGCCCGAGAAGUAACUUCAACUUCCCUCCGGAGGAAAAAAUGUCGGAAAUGGAAACUCUGGAUAUCACGAAAUUGACCGAACAGCUGAUCGGUUUGCGUUUGCCAGAUUUCUCGGAAAAUCCGGAAAAGACGCGAGUCAAGUUAAAGCCUCAUGUAGAUUCUGAUUUUAUUUCGGCUUUGAAUUUUUUCAACAGUCCGGUUGAAGAUUCUCCGCAAGAGAACAAAUCGAUAGAUAGCGCUAAUUCUCGAGUGCCUACUGUCGGAAAACCGAGAUUUCCAAUCGCGGAUGAAAAUCCGAAGAGUAGAAGUCAUUUUUCACCGAAGGUACGAGGUCGGAAUUCUUCAGAGGCUUUUAACGAAUUCGAGGCGCUGAUACGGUCUCCGAGAUUUUCCCAAAAGUCGAAGCCAAAAGUCAAGCUGAAACUUUCGACCGAGUCGGAUAUUUUCAAUACCGCCUCGGAAAGUGAUAAUUCGGGGCCAGGGAUUUCGUCGUCGGUGAUAAAGGUCAAGUCCUCCAAUUGUUCUGAGGUAUUCCCAAGAAACUUGUACGAAAUUCUUGGUAAUGAAUCCACACCACCGAAAUCGCGAAAAUCAGAGUCGAGUCGUUCUUCCGAAAAUUCGGUAGAUUUGACAAAUUUGCCAUCGAAAAUGUCCGAGGCCUCUAAAACUUCGAAAAUUCGGUCCCUGACGAGGAAACGAGUAAAACGCAAAUGUGAAGCUUCACCACGGCGGGUUUUAUGGACCUCGAGAUUGACCAAUACGUUGCAGGCCAGGAACGAUUAUGGAUCAUCGAAUUGUCCGACGAAUUCGAAAAAGAGGUCGGUUGAUUCCCCACUGUUGAAUAAAUUGAACAGCCACGAGUCUCGUGGAAAAUCGUCGUUGGCUGAUAGCACGGAAAAUCUGGCUAGAAAAGCCAUAUCUUCUGCAGUUUCUGAGCCAAGAAAUUUGAGUAACUUGGAAUCAAAACCUAAUCGAGGCUCGUCUUUUUCGAAUAGUAUUAUUGGGCAGAAAGAAAAGACUGAGAAUUCGGUUGAAUGUUCUUAUUUCGAGGAUGGGCUCAAUAGACGUCGUUCGCUUUCCUUCGCGGAUCUUUGGACGAAUUUCCGAAAGUCAGUCGAAUCACCGGUUGACGAAUCCAACAAUGUUCAUAAUAAAUCUAAUGAACCCUUGGUGGAAACUUGUCGAAAGGGAAGUGUCGAUUUAAGUGAAACUGGACAGUCUGACCGAGAUCGGCAGGAAAUUCUAAAGAACUCAUUUUCCCGUUCUUCGAAUCCUUUCAAAUUUUCAAUCAAGCAGAUCUACCAAAGUCUGCCGGAAAAGUUCAGUUUCGACAGACUGAAGCGUCUUAAGUUCUUAGACAAUGUGCAAUUUGGUAGCUCGAAGAAAUCAAAAUUAUUCCCGGGAAAUAAUUCGCAGAACGUACAGGUGGAUUCGAGUAAUUAUGACAAAUCUCUUGUUAACUCGAAAUUCAAUUCAAAUUUGAAAGCUCACGAUUUGUGCACUUCAGAGGAAUUUCCUGCCAUCCUUGAAACCAAAGCACUUCCGAAAACAGUCUUAAGGAGAGUCAGCUUUUCCAUUAGAAAUUCAAAGGAGCCUUCGAAAAGCGACUUUUCUCAUUCUACAUCAAAUAUGCAAAUAAAAGAUGCUACAUAAAGUGUCUUGAAAAAAAUGAUAAGUUACCUACUGUUAAAUUACAAAAUUAAGCUUGCUCAAAGAUACAUUCCAUAUGUUCCUGUAAAUAGUCACUUGUUAUCUGUAUUUUGUUAUAUAUUUAUAUUCUGUUAAACGCAUCUUCGUUUUACUUUUUCUUGUCUUUUAUAUUUGGAGGCUCGCGCGGAACGUAAGGGAAUUGUCUUCCACAAAUUUUAACCAUGGUUUUAUGUAAAGUUUUACCUCAUUUUAACCGAUUUCAAGUAAUAACUAAUUUUUCAUACUCUUAUACGGGAAAAGGACAUCGGAUAUUUUUAAGGAUGGUUAUUUUAUUCCUAGAGUAGGGAUUUCAGUUCCUGCGUGUUCUGUGCAGUGCAGAUUUUAAGCUCGUGAUAAAUUAAAGAAACAAUCGCUUUAUACACAUAGACAAAAUUUUAUAAUUAUAGAGUAUAAGGAUUAUUAAGUAAUACCUUAAGGACUUCAUUUAUUACGAUUCUCGUUAGAUGUGAGCUUAUUAUAGCUAUGAUAGUAUAAACCAAUGGAGAAUUCCAGCUCCCGUCGUCUUUAGUGUAAAAACUUAUUUAUAGAUAGACAUGUAAGAUUACAAGUACUCGUUUGAAGAUCAAUCGUAACGAUUCCAGCUACCAUUGUCAUCGUCGUUGUUUGUGCUAAUGGAAAAAAAAAAAAUGAUUCACGCGUCCAACACAAUGGACUUUUUUUGCGGAACGCCAUUUUUUCAUCGCCGUGCGAGCAAUAAACGCGAUCGUUCCGCGAAAAGGGCGUUUUCAUUUACGCAAAUCGCAAUUUAGACUCACGGGUUACGUAAACUCGUGAGGCGCGGCUAGGAAGAAAAAUCGGAAAAGCAAAGGAGGGCAAGAUACAACAAACUAACCGCAGUUGUAAUUAGAAUUAAAGGUGGAACACUUAACCGAUAAAAUGAAAGAUUUUGUAAGUUCACCCAAAUAUCGUAGCUCGUUCCCCUAAAUGUAUUCUGUGCGUGAAAUAAAAACGAGCUACGGAGAGGGA